AUGCUGUGUACCGUACGAACCACGCCUACGAGAUCGACUAUCCUCUAUGGACGAUUGGUUUUGAAAGGAUAUGCUACGGCGGCCGGCAAAGACCCGAUCAAGACACCGACCAGUUCCCCUCCAAAGGCCAAAUUCCCAACUUUCGUGAACCAGACUGGCAAAGACCCGCUCAAUGCGCCAACAACUUUCCCUCCCAAGCUCGAAUUGCCGCCGAGUCCAAAACCCGAUGAUAUGAACCGAUUCACAUGGCUCAGACUGACGGGAAAAGGUUACUUGGUAUUCUACAAAACCGCCUUCAAAACCGUCUGGUCAAACUACAAAGAAUCCAAAGCCCUCCGCGCCAGACCCGCACCAAAGAACUACACCCGCGCCGAAUGGCAACUCAUUAGACGAGCCAAGCCAGAUACUAUGAAACUCCCGUUCUUCGCGCUCCUGCUGUUGAUUUGCGGGGAGUUCACGCCAUUAAUCACGUAUUUCGUGCCCUCGGUAUUACCGAACGUCGCUCUCCUCCCCUGGCAAGAGAAGCAGAGAAGAGAUCCACUCGUGAUCAGAAAAGCGCGUCUUCAAAUGACAGAGUACCAGGAGUAUCUCUGGCAAGAUAAUGAGAUGAUCGAUAUGUGGGGUGGCGUGAAAGGGUUGAAUAAGCAGGAGGUGAUGCGGGCGCUGUAUGAGCGUGGGUACCCAGAUCUCGAAUCAGUAUCGUCAGACGAGGUAGACAGUAUUGAGAAGCUGAGAUCUAUUUUGGACGGGUUCUUGGCUCCAGAUCGCGCCCAUAGGCUGGAGGUGGCGAAGGAACUACCGUCAUAUGCAGUGGGUGACCGGGCACGGGCGUGGGAAUGA